AUGGAUUCAGCAAUGAGAAAGCUGCCUCGUGGCAGACCUCUCGAAGCUAAUAACAUUGACCAUAUUAUAAGGUGCUAUGGUGGUACGACGAUCGCGAUAGAAAUGGAACCUCACUAUAUGCAAAAAUCGAAGCAGCCCAAAGACAUGGUUCAUUACAUCGAUUUCCUCAACCGCAGAAAUGGGGAACUUAGAUUCGAGCUUACAUUCUACCGGGAAUGUUACCGGCACGCAGAAAAGUUCAAGGAAAAGAUUGACAGAAUCUCUCAAGACUUACUGCAAGCAUGCAUUCUUGGUUUACUUGAUGGAAUCGCUUUCGACGAGAUCCGAGACCUUUCCAACGCAGUCUCAGACGCAGUAGAUCAAUUCAGUCACGACCAGGAACAAGCAUUUGAAGCUUUCAUAACGCCUUACAGAGCAUCAAAGAGCCCAAAAAAAACUACCAUGUCGAUGGACGGGUGGAUUUGA